GCACAGUGCAACAGAGAGGUAAAAAGUUGUAAAGCUGUUCGUAGCGAAAAAUAUUUGCAACAUUAUAUUUUUUCUCCUGAUUAACAAGUUAGUGCAAAGAUGCUAUCUGCUAACACGUUGACAAUUUAUUAUUGAGUGAUAAGAAUUCGACUUCUGAGUGAGUGCAUUUGAUUCGAACGAACAUUGAAUGUUGACAAAGUUUUAACAUGACAUCAGUUUCUCCGCUACGUUUACAAGAUCGAUGAUGACGAUAGUUGUUUAAGAUGCGUGGCUAAUCGAUCACUUGUUAUCAGUUUACAAUUCCGCACCGAAAAACCAAAGGCGGACAGAGACAAGUUUACGGUUUCGUUGAAACGACAACUAGUUUUUCUACAAAAAAAAAUUGAGGUAUCCGUUUUCCGCAAUACCAAGAUGCCCGAAAACUCGAUCCGAAGCAAUGUCGAUUGGUCUAGAUAUGGAUUAGGAAAUGAUGACUCAUCUCCAUCGGAGAGAACGAGAGCGCGAGGCAGCACGGGCGGGUUCGUAGAUUUAGGAAAUGAAUACGAUUAUGGUGCAGGCGGCCAUCACGCCUCUGGACGGGAUGAGAUUUUCGCUGAAGAUCAAGGCGAUAAACCAUGGUGGCGAAGUAACUUCUUCAUAUCUCAACCGGUGCUUUUCGGAACCUGGGACGGUGUUUUCACCUCAUGUCUGAUCAAUAUCUUCGGUGUAAUCGUCUUUCUGCGAUCGGGAUGGAUAGUAGCAGAAGCUGGUAUCAUGCAUGCGGUUCUGAUAAUAUUCUGUGCUGUGGCGAUUGCGCUAGUUUCCGUUCUGUCUGCAGUUGGAAUUUGCGAACGGUGCCGAGUUGAAAGUGGCGGUGUAUAUUUUCUGAUAGCUCACACACUCGGCUCCAGAUUUGGUGGAUCGCUCGGAUUACUUUACUGUUUUGGACAAGCCGUAGGUUGUGCACUCAACGUGCUUGGUUUUGGAGAAUCCAUGGCUGGAUUGGUGGGUCUGGAAGGCAAUAAAUGGGCCAUACGAUCAUUUGCAAUAGCCGCAGUGUUACUGCUAGGAGUAAUAAAUGUAGCCGGAGUGAAAUGGGUCGUCAAACUUCAAUUUGCACUGUUGAUAAUAUUACUGAUAUCGGCACUCAACUUUAUGGUCGGAAGUUUUACUGGUGAAGAUCCAGAGCACGGUUUUGACGGAUGGGGUCAAGGAAACAUGGCACUCAAUUUGUGGCCAGAGUAUAGCUCUGGAACGACCUGGUUUACAGUGUUCGGAGUGUUUUUUCCUACUAUCACUGGAAUUCUGUCCGGAAUCAAUAUGAGUGGCGACUUGCGGGCACCAUCGACAGAUAUUCCGAACGGUACACUGGCCGCGCUAAGCACAUCAACAUUCCUGUAUAUGGUUUUUAUACUAUUUCUGGGAGCAACUUGCCAGAGAUCUACCCUUUUGACGGAUUUCAUGAUAGCUGCCAAAGUGUCGGCAAUUCCAUUUCUUCUGCUAGCAGGUAUUUACGUUUCCAGCAUGUCUUCCUGUUUAGGAGCCAUGUACGGAACGCCUCGAGUUUUGCAAAGUAUUGCCAAUGAAAAUGUGAUUCCUGGAAUUGGAAAACUUGGAAUGGGCCGCGGGCCUAACAAAGUACCUCUGUACGCAAUGGCCGUAGUAGCUACGGUAACCACUGCCUUCAUUAUCGUGGGUGACAUCAAUACGUUGGCACCGAUCGUUACAAUGCCGUUUCUGUUGACGUACGCGUGCAUCGACUAUUCGUAUUUUGCGCUGGCACAGACAUUCGAUAUCCAGAACAGUCGGGAGGAGCGUUUCCGGAUACAAGCGCAAAGUCCAUUGUACGAGAGCAGGAAUUAUGGAACGGCCGGUGACUAUCACGACAAUAAUGAUUUGGACCAGCUGUUUCCGGAGAGAACGAGACACAAGAACCUAUCGAGCCCUACAAAUUCUCCACAUCACGUGCCUUCAACAACAGCCAACAAUAAUCGCACCAUUGCCAACGGAGCUGCAAAUAGCAGCCAUCCUAACGGUGGUCUAUCCAACAGUACGUCGAUCAACAGCGAAGUAAUAUUUCGUGAUGGAACUAACAGCAACAACACCGGAGGAGCCAGCUCGUUGGACGAAGCUGACGAUGAACCCAUAGCCCCGAUCCGACCACCGAUUCAUUCCAAGACGAAAAACUGGUAUUCCGGGUUCUGCAAUCGGUGGGCUUCGCUGAUGGGAGCUGGUGUAAAAGUGUUCGUGAUGAUUCUGGUCAACUGGGUGUUCGCGUUAAUCUGCAUGGGCACCGUGUUCGUUGUAUGGUUCUACGUGGGAACAGCAAAUCCGGCUGUGAAACCUGGUUUGGCACACGAGUUUCGCUUCUUCGUUUGGUUGAAAAAUGGCGUUUUCAGAUGUUUUGGAAAACGAGUACACGACUACGAACAGGUGGUGGUGACGCCUUCAUGUCCGAAUGUCCCACUGGCAGCCGCCCAACUGAACGAGGAGAACGAAGACUUUGCCUCACGAAGGCGCUAUCAUCAAUCGGCCAUGGUCCAGGGACAUUACGUGGACGAUGUGUGAGUGAACGGCUUUAGCACAUUGGCUAACUAUACUCAAUAAACCAAGCAUAACACAAAUAACACACUAAACGGUAGAUUUUGUGGUAGCUAGAACCUUAGGAUCAAUAUAUGUACAUUCGUUUAUAUGGAUAAACAUUCGUCAGAAGACCACCAAAGCGAACUGAUAGUCUGAAGAGACGCGCUAGAAGAAGAAAAAAAUGUAUUUUGUAGUACGAGACACAUGGAAAUGUUUCUAUGAUUAUUCAUUAAAAUUAAGCAAAUUUCGCGCAAUCUUAAGCAAUAAGUGGACUCGGCAAAUUUUGGAUUAGAAAGAAUAAGGUUCUACUAAUGUAAAUACUGUACUGUAGACUAACGAAAUUAAUUUAAAAUAUUUUAUUUAUCAAGAUGAAAGUUAUUUAUGCUAAAAUGUACGCCCACUACUAUUGCUACCAGUGUAUUGAAGAUUAUAGUUUGUUGAGAUUCGCAGCUGAUUAUUAUUUUUUCUAAGAUUAAUCUGAAAAUGUUUUGUGAAUGCAUAUCUAUAAGGCACUUAAAUGUUAUAUGGCAUUUAACAAGGAGCUGUGUAAUACACUUACUGCUUGUACGACUAUUACAAAUUAUUAUUUCUAAACUCGCUGUUCGUCCUCAACUAUAAUAGUAAUCUAAUUUUUGAGUUUUAUUUUUAAUAAAAUUUAACAUAUUUUCCAAUAAACUUCUAUAUAUUCAUA